UUCCUCUUUGCCUCUGACUUUUGUUUCCUUACCUAACAUCAUCUUUCUUCCUUUUGUUCUCUCCCGGGGUUCCCAAAGAAGAUUUGGAACCGAUCAUCGUUCCUAUAUACGAGGGUUUUCACUUUUCACGGAUUCUUUCUAAAAUUGGGUUUCUAAAUUCCAUCGUUGGGGUUUUUUGUCCAUGCAAUUUACUUAUCGCUUUUGUAUUUUAGAUUUUGGAGGAUGCUCUGAUCGAUCGGUGAUGGAGUUCGAUUGAUCUUUGUCACGCGUUUUCUCUACCCUACGUCUCGUUUGUUUUCUGUUCUUGCGGAUUAUUUUAUUUGGAAGCGAAUUCUGAUCCGAUCAUCGUUGCCUUGCCGCAUCUGAAUUUUCACUUUUCACGGAGUAUUUGCUUUUCUAUGUUUGGUCUCUAGAAUGCAUCGGUGGCGUUUUCUGUUCCAUCUAAGUAAUAACUUCUUCUUGUUUUGUUGUGCUUAGAUUGUGGUGGAUCCUUGAUUUGAUCGAUAUCGGCUUUGGUUGAUUGUUUUCACGCGAUUUCUCUUUUGGCGGUUUAUUACGUGUUUCUGUUUUUUAUCUAAAGUUUUAAUUUUCAUAUUAAAUAAGCCGUCUUUUUCCCCUGUUCUAAGCGUAACAUGUUUCUCGUUUUGAUAUAGAACAUCAAGGCAACUAGCAUCGGGAUGGCUCAGAUCAAUCUUCUUUCCCCGUUUUAGGUUUUAUGGUUUCUCGUGCUACAUUUUUUUCCCCCUGAUUUACUCUCCUUCGUUAUAGAUUCUUUUUAUUCGAAGAAGUAUGCUCUGUCUUAUUGUGUUUUCCAGAUCUUUUUCACCAGAUACUUCACUCUGUCUCUCUGCGGUGCACACAAAUUUAGAUGUAAGACGGAUCAUAAAUUCGUUCGAGAUGGGUUUGUUCUUAUUUUUGUUUGCCAACAACUCUUUUUCGAUGGCUCGAUAUGUGGUUUUCCAGGUUCCUUUCUCAAUCUGUUGGUUUUUACGUUCUCCUAGGAAAUGUGUUGAGAUUCUGGUGGGAGCCUAAAACUCUUGUCUUUUUGCUAGUGAUUGUUGAGAUUCCAAAAGAGAAAAGCAUUGGGAUACUAGUUGGUCUCUGUUUUGGUGUAUUUGUUUCUAACUACAAAUGCUUCUCUUUAUACGAAUUACUUUCCUUCGCUGUAGGGAAGAUGAGUACUGAAGGAGUGAAGGACCCAAGUCCCAUUCUUGAUUUAUUUGGCUCGCUGGAUGGCUAUUCAUCUACAGUCUUCAUCUUUGUGACCUCUUUUGUUUGUUUUUCCUUUUCUCUGUUUUGGUUCCUUAUCUUACCUGGCGACACGAUCGAUUUUCCUUCCCCUUAUUUCUUCUGGACCUUUUCUGAUUUUAUAGUCUGCAUCUAUUCUAUGGUUUGAAUGCUAAUCAGUUUUACUUGAGAUGGUAACUUCUCUUUCUAUAUGAAUUAGUUAAUUCGAUUUGUAUAGUAAUUUUGGUUGAUGCAAGGUGGAAUUUCUGGUUCGACCUGUUUUGUUUGUAGUACAUCCGGAGUUCUUUCAAGGCUCUGCAUGGUUAUCUCAUCACGGAUUAUUUUGAAGCUUCCAGUCUUUUGAUGGAUUCAGGUGUCAUGAGUUUCUUUUUGCCCUGGUGUCGUGAGAAUUACUAUUGAUCGUUAUAGAUUAAUGGGUAUUCAGGUCAAGCUAUCUCCGAGCUCUUCAUUGGUUGUCUCAAGGAAAGAUUUGGGGUUCUCUCUUUCCUUUUUUUUUUUUUUUUGAUUUCAUAAUGCUACUUCUCUCUCCGGGUUUAUGUUGUUGGGUUUUGUUAGCAACUUUUUGUGCUCACUGAAGGUAUAUGGCUCUGUUUGCUUUGUUCAACUAUCCAAUAUAUGGAUUUCUGGCAAUGUCUAUCUCUCCAACGGCACAAGGUAACGCUGAAGUUUCUUCCAAGUAUUUGCUACUCCUUCUACAUAUGGAAACGUUUUGUUUGGAUAGUUCUUUUGUGUAGUCUCUGGUGAUCAGUUUGCCGGGUGGGUUGAAGCUCAGAAACUUUGGCUCUUGAUGGGUUUGUUCCCUUUACUAGCUCCUAUUUGUUGUCUAGUAGAUAAGUUUUUGCGACGAAUUUCCCCAAGUAUUUUGUAGACCUUUUACAGUAGCAUGCAUGGGAAGAAAUCUUUGUUGUAGAUUGUAGAGCUUUGAAGAGAAAGUAUCAUUGCUCAGGGAAGAAUGGUCUGCUUAUGAUCAGGUUUCUGAGUACUUCGCACCUAUACAUCAUAUUGCCUACAUAUACUUUUUUGCUGGAUGGCUAUUUUGAGCAAGAUACUGUGUUUGGUCGGGUGUUUCCAGAUUUUUCUGCAGAGUAUACACCCAUUUGGAUGAAAUAUGAUGAUUUAUGUGUCCCUUGUUCUUACUCAUUAUCCUUUUCUGGUUCGGUUUCUCUAAUAAAGUGGUAGUUGCAUUGAACGUCUUCAACUAUUCUACAUAUUGAUCUUUUCCAGUAGCAUGGGUUUCCAGUAGCAUGGCAUGGGUUUGUUCAUUACUGUCUCAUCGACUAUCUUCGCCUUUUUUGAAGUAAGCUUUGGACUGUUCAGACCACAAGUUUGUAAUUCUGUAAGAAAAAAAAAGUUAUUUCGCUCGGUCUUCUUACCCCAGAUAGGAGUCUUAUUAUGGUCUGUGGCAGGAAAACUCUCAAGACUUUCUCAGCGGUUUCAAGAUGUGGUUAUACCAAUUUUCAUUUGUCUUUUCUUCUUCAGUCUUCUCUGCUAACUCUGGUGGUUUCUUCCUUUCCCUAUAUUGGUUACUAUUGACUUCUCUACAAAGUCUCCUUCACUCUGAUAGUGGAAAAGAACCAACGCAGCGUCUGCAUAAGGAGACACGGAAGCAUCGGCGUAGUCACUCACCUCAUCCUCGUCGCGGCCGUUGUGGAAGUAUGGACGAUAUGUUUCUCAGUUUCAGGGGAACAGAUCUGUACUCAAAAGUAUUUCUCAGCCAUCUUCACAAAGCUUUCACCGACAACGCGAUCCAUAUUCAGAUUGAUUUCCGGCUGGGAUUCCAGAAACUGGAAUAUGGUUUCGAAGCUUAUGGAGGAGCUUGUUCUAGAUCUUCCAGACAGAUUCUUCUCUUCACCAGUGUCUGCCGAAUUGAUUGGAACAAGUAUAUACCCGUCAUUAGACAGUUCUUAUGAAGAAUGAUAUAGAGAGCAGAUCAAGAAACGUAAGUCAAAACAGAUGAUAAGAAGGGUCAAAACCGAGCCCUCCCCUCAGGACACGUGACCAGCAAGAUGGGCCAAGACUUCUGAAAAACUGCCACGUGUGGAUUCUACUUGGCCAGGUGGUGAAUUUCAAGAGCGGGGGCUUGAGGAUAUAAAAUUAAGUUUUGGUGAGGACAAAGGGAAAGGUGGGAGAGAGAUCGAUAACAAUGUCGGGAGCACAAGGAGCAGAGCCGGUGGGAUCAAGGACGGCGACGACGUACGAGUCGGUGGAUGGAGGACAGAACAAGACGAAACUUGAUAUAAGGUCAAAGGAAGACGAAGGUGGGAUUCAAGUUGAUAAGAUUCAAGACAAGGUCUCUGAUGCUGCUGGUCUAGGAGGACCUGUGUUUGGUGCUGGUAAAGACGACAAGAAGCAGGAUCUUGGUGUUACUGGCACCGGCUAGAUCUCUCUGUUCACUGCUGUGAAAUAUGUGCAUACUCACUCAAGUCUUUUUGUAGUCAUGUUAAGUCAGACGGUUUGUUUGUUUAAGAAUAAAGAAAAAACCAAUUAAUAAAUGUAUCCUGCUUUUGGUUACAAAGAUGGAAUAACACCGUUUGAACAU